UUAAAAGUAAAUUAACCAGACGUCAGUAACGACACUGAAAAUGUUUGUUUCGCGUAUUCAUAGCAAAAUUUUAGUCCUCGUAGCCACACUGGCUGUUUUUGUGGAAGGGACAGAUUAUUGUGAUCCCUCGCUAUGUCACGACGGACAGGCACAUAUUGGGUGCAAUCCCGAUGGUAAUUUCGCAUCGUCCUGUCAGAAUCCAGCUAUGAUUACAUUAACACAGGAAAAUAAAAAUUUCAUUGUCAAUGCUCAUAAUACCAAACGCGAUUUAGUCGCUGGCGGGCAUACACAGUUGGAGAUGGCUUGCCGUAUGGCCACCAUGCAAUGGGACGACGAACUGGCCUAUUUGGCGGCACUGAAUGUCAGACGUUGCGAAAUAACACACGAUGCCUGUCGUAAUACCAAAGCCUUCAAGUAUUCGGGACAGAAUCUAGCUAUGAUAGCUUUGUCGGUGCCACCGAGCAUCGAGCAAUUGCUACAAAAUUGUAUCGAUAUGUGGUAUGAUGAAGUUCAGAACACUGAAAUGAGUCAUAUAAAUCGAUUUCCGAGUAGUGGCUUUCGCGCCUUUGGUCACUUCACUGUCAUGGUGAUGGACCGGAACAUUCGUGUAGGAUGCGCUGCAUCCUCCUACGACUGGGCGGGCAUGAAUGCUACUCUAUUCGCUUGCAAUUAUGCGACUACGAAUAUGAUAGAUUACCCGAUCUACCAGAGUUGUUCCACUCCAGCUUCGGAAUGUGAGAGUGGCAGAAAUUCGGAAUUCCGUAAUCUUUGUUCAACUUCAGAAAAUUAUGAUGUUAACGAAUGGUAAUGAGGCACUUAGUGCAAUCACAUAGUGCGAUUAGAGAUACUCGUUACAUUGAAGUCCUCGUGGAAUGAAAACAAUUCAAUUAAAUUAAUCAUAGCAAAUUUUAAAAAUGUAAAAAAAAAUGUAGUGUAGACAAAGUUAUUUGUAUGUAUGUCCAAAUUUUACAUCAACCAAUUAAAUUUGUUGAUGUGAA